UUACAAUAUAAUUGAAUGCACUAAGUUUUCAGUUGUGGUUAUCUUUAUUUUGUAAAGUUAAAUCAAACGAAAAAUAUGGCUAACGUGGAAGAAGAAGUAUCUGCAAGUGAUACAGGAGAAAAUAGGUUGGUUUCUAGUGAUAACAGAAACAACGAAUCAAGUACACCGAAUACUGAAGAGGUUGAUUUCAAUGCACAAGUUGAUGAACAACGGCGUCGCAUGCAGCCAACAAAACUGGAAUCAUUCUUUGCAAUCACUAAAUCACUUAUUUUAAGAGCUCUUGUUCUAUAUUUUAUUACAUCAAUGUUCCAUAAUUCUUUUUCACCAAAAACUGAUGUCAAGAGUCCUGCUGGCACGCCUCGUGUGCCAGCUAUCAAUAUGUUUUCUAAUGGGACAGUAUUAGAUAUGUAUUGUUAUAUAUCUGAGAAAGAAUUUUUGAACAACAUUGAUGAGUUACAGUUUAUUUGGAAGCAAACUGGUAUUGUUUACGGUGACUGGUAUGGUGGUCCUAAUGGAGAUGGCACAUACACUUUUACAACAGAAAUAUCACCUUCAAAAACACUUGUAAAUAAUGGCUCUAUUUACCUUCAUACUUAUAUAGUACACUCGGGUAAAUCACCAAAUCCAAAAGAUAAAAACAAUUAUGCUGGUGCCCAUAUCACAUAUGGCAAGAAAAUGUUGAACAAAUACAAGAAACUGAGAUACCUAAAAACUCAUAACUUAUUAACUGGGCAAACAGAAAAAUCGGAAGAAGAAAUAAAAAAAGCAGAGACAAUGAAGGAAGAGAUUGUAUCACAUUGGCAUCCUAACUUGACAAUCAAUCUUGUUACUGACCAGACUAACUGGGUGCAGGGUAGUGUGCCGCCACCACUUGAUGAGUUCAUUUACUUUUUGCCUGAUGGUAAAAUUUACAAGCCUGCAGUAUUCUUAAACGACUAUUGGAAUAUGAUGCGUGAUUACGUACCUAUAAAUAAAACAACAACCAAACUUCAAUUGCAACUGACUUAUCAACCAUUAAGCCUUUUCAAAUGGCAGUUGUACACCGCUCAAGCAAUGAGAGAUAAACUGAGUGUGUUCUCUGCGUUAGGAGCUGAGGAACAGGAUGAAGAACAAGACACCGUAAAGGAAUUGCUUUUGGAUACAUCGCCAUAUUUACUUGCUUUGACCAUAUCUGUGUCUGUACUUCACUCAAUAUUUGAAUUGCUUGCUUUCAAAAAUGAUAUUCAAUUUUGGAACAAUAGACAAUCUUUGGAAGGACUCUCUGUUAGAUCGGUGUUCUUUAAUGUUUUCCAAUCAACGGUGGUUCUUCUCUACGUCUUGGACAAUGAGACUAAUGUUAUGGUCAGAAUUUCUUGCUUCAUUGGCUUACUGAUUGAAAUUUGGAAAAUUAAUAAAGUAAUGGAUGUUAAAUUGAAUAGAGAGAAACGAAUAUUUGGAAUACCUACGAUGACAUUUAAAGACAAAGGUUCCUAUAUUCAAUCAAGUACCAAAGAAUAUGACAUGUUAGCUUUUAGAUAUCUAAGUUGGGCUUGCUUCCCUCUGCUAAUUGGUUAUGGUGUAUAUUCACUCUUGUACCAAGAGCACAAGGGAUGGUACUCUUUUGUUCUUAACAUGAUGUAUGGAUAUCUGUUGACAUUUGGUUUUAUUAUGAUGACACCACAGCUGUUCAUCAACUAUAAAUUGAAGUCUGUGGCACAUUUGCCAUGGCGUAUGAUGACAUAUAAAUUCCUCAAUACAUUCAUUGAUGAUAUAUUUGCAUUUGUUAUUAAAAUGCCAACUAUGUACCGUUUGGGCUGCUUCAGAGAUGAUAUUGUGUUCUUCAUUUUCUUAUACCAGCGUUGGAUUUACAAGGUUGAUCACAAGAGAGUCAAUGAAUUUGGCUUUUCUGGAGAAAUGGAACAGCAAAAGAAGGAAUCUGAAAAUGGUAACUUGGCAAUUUCUGAAGGUGAAACUCAAGAACCUGGUGACAAGAAGAAUGAUUAAACAGUGCUUGUUUAGUUUUUGAUAGUUAGUAAAAAUUAUAAAAAAAUUGUAACUAAAAAGUUACUAGAAGUAGAAUCAUUUGUCUUUUAAAUUAUAUUGUUGUAGCCUUGUGCAUCAGAUAUAUGAAGUGUGGGUUGUGGCAACUGACCUGCACAUAAUCUUGUAUUAAACCUUAAUAAAAUGUUGUGUAAUUUUAAUUUAA